GCUGAAGCUAUGGGCACGUCUGCAGAGGAGGACAAUUCUGCCAGCCGCAAAGAUGGGCAAUGGCCAGAAGUGGAGAAAGCUGAAAAAUUAGCAAGAGGAGCUGCCUUAAAAUGGGCGUCUGGGGUGUUUUACCAACCAGACAAACUGGAGGGUCUCGGACAGUAUCGGAUUCGGGAGAUACAACGCAACAGCUCCAUUCAGUCCCGCAUAAAGUCAACUGUGCAGUCCUACCUGGAGGGUGUGAGCAUGGGCCUGGAGCAGCUGCAUUCAGCUCUGGCAGAUGUCCACUACGUGCAGCAAGAGCUGGAGACCGUGCAGCAGGACUUGGAGUCCGGCACCAAUUCUUUUUCAACCCUGCAGCAGCUUCGGGAGGUGGCGGUGGAACAUGCCCAGCUGGGCGCGGUCGUCCAGACGUUGCCCCAGCUUUUCUCAGUUCAUCGACUCCUUUCUGAGACUUUCGACCUCCUGCAGAAUCAGCGUCUCCUGGAAGCCCACACAAGGCUCAUGGACCUGGAGAGCUUACGGGAUGACAUCCUGUCUCAGCUGCAUCAACACAACCUGCUCAGUCCCUUGCACCUGGCCAGUGUAGAGUCCUACUUCGGGGGCCUCCUGGAACUGAACGACGCCUUGGCCCGGCAUCUGUGGCACAUCGUGGCCGAUGGCACAAAGCUGGUGUCUGAGGACCCAUCGCUUUUUGUAUCCGCUGUGCGCAUCAUUGAGCGAGAGGAAGGCAUCGAUGAUGCCCUACUGCUGAGAUCCCAGCCUCUUGGCUUCCUCCCGCCAGGGCGCCCAAAGUGCUGGAGACAGAAGUUCUUCCAGGUCAUCCAGGACACCUUAGCAACUGCGCAUUUCCAGGCGGUGUCAAGCGAUGCUCAAGGCCGGCUUCUCACUAGACACUUGGCAUCCUUGCAGAGCAGCAUCUUGGCUGAGCUGUGCGUUGUGAAAGACCUGAUGGUCCAGUGCUGCCCACCUCACUACGACAUCCUUGCAGCCUUUGCUGCCAUGUAUCACCAAGGUCUCGUUGGCCACCUGCAUCACAUCCUCACUUGGGAAUUGGACAAGCAGGAGAUCUUUGCCCUCCUCCACUGGGCAAUCCACGUCUACCCAAGCUCAGAAAUGAUGGCACACCCGAACCUUCUCCCUGAAGUGGACGUCUCAAUCUUGGGUCCUCUGUUUCCUGUGGAUACAGUAAACUAUCUGGAGGAGACCUACCUGGGGAAAGUACAGGCCAGCAUCGCUGAGUGGAUGCAGAAGGCGCUGGAGAUGGAGUUCAAAGAGUGGUUCAGCGAAGAGGAGCCGGAAUCAGACUAUCAAGGCUGCUUCCAGACCAGUCUACCUAUCAUUGUUAUGAAGAUGCUGGAUGAAAAUGUCCGGGUGGCGUCUCUCAUCUCUGACACUCUCCAACAGAAGGUGCUCAACAUGGCUCUGGGGGAGUUGGAGGCCUUUCUGGGCAGCCUCUACGAGGACCUGGUGGGAUUUGGCAAGGAGCAUCAACAGGAGCCCACGGCGUCCAAGUUCUACGUGCCUUACUUGCUAUCAACCCUCAACAACUGCUUGGCUCUCAGCACCUCGAUCUCCGCCCUAUAUACAGCUGGGGCAUCAUUCUUGGAGCCGACCAAGAUGCCGUGGUCCCUGAACGUUGCCCUUGAGAGGACCCAGAAGAAGGCGUGCCGGCUGCUACUGGAGGAGAUGCUGGCCGAUCUUCAGCCUCUGUUCGCACAGCUGCCUUCCCAUCAAUGGCUGUCUGACGAAUCCCAGCUGAUGAGCGGCUUAUGCAAGGAGAUAAACAAGCACGUGAAAGCCUUUUGCAGGAUUCGCAAACCAGUCAACGCGUAUCUCCUGUCGGAGACCGAGCAUUUGAUCAUGGGCCAAUACGUGAGGGCCCUCCUGCAGAAGCGGAUGGUGUGCCGGAAGGCGGAGGAGAGGAGCCAGAUGGCCCGGCGGAUGUUGCAAGAUGCCGCUCAGCUGGAGGAGCUAUUCUGCAGCCUGGGCCUGGAAGAGACCGAGCAGACCCUCAAAGUGAUUGCUGAUCUGCAGGAGCUCAUCGGUCUCAGGGAUCCUUCCAUGCUCAGCCUAGAAGUGCUGGGAUUUGUGACGAAGUAUCCCGAUAUCAGUGAUGACCACAUCUCCACGCUCCUGGACCUGCGUGGCGACAUCUCCAAAGAAAUCCGCCAUAACGUGCUGGAGAUCAUGGCGCAGAAUCCUCAAGUCCUGCCUGAGAAUUACGAACCCAUUUUUAGCAACAUCUUGGUUCCCGCUCCAGAGCCGCCCUUCUGCCUCGGCAAGUCGAAAUGCGCCUGA